AUACUCAACACAACUCAUAAAAUUACACAAUAGUAAACAAGGCCAUUAAUUGCUGUAGUUGGCUUGCAGAGAAAUUUGAUCGUCCGUAAAGUUCUCAUAAUCAAAAUGGGUAACAAAUCUUCUUUAAUGCUGCAACCUGAGGAAAUAGCAGAAAUCCAUCAAGAAACUGGGUUUUCUCCUAGCCAAAUUGAGAGACUUUAUAGCAGAUUCACUAACUUGGAUAAAACUGAUAAUGGGACACUCAGUCGAGAAGAUUUUCUUCGUAUUCCGGAACUGGCCAUAAAUCCUCUGGGUGAUCGCAUUGUCCAUGCUUUUUUUAAUGAAGCAUAUGAUGAUAGAAUUAAUUUUAGGCAAUUCAUGAGAGUCCUUUCACGAUUCCGUCCAGUGAAGAAGAACAAGGAAAAUAAGUUAAACAGCAGGGAAGAAAAAUUACGUUUUGCUUUCAAAAUGUAUGAUCUUGAUGAUGAUAAUAAAAUUUCAAGAGAUGAGUUGUUGGCUGUAUUGCAUAUGAUGGUGGGAGCAAAUAUUUCUGAAGAGCAACUUGCUAAUAUUGCUGACCGAACCAUCUUGGAAGCUGAUCAUGAUGGUGAUCACAUGAUAUCUUUUGAGGAAUUUUGCUCGACUCUGGAGCGCACAGAUGUGGAGGAAAAGAUGAGCAUCCGAUUCCUUCAUUGACCUGAGGGUUGUAUUUUUUAAAGAUAAUUUCUAUUUUAUAUACGAAUAUAUAUAUAUAUUAGCAAUGUACAUGGUGGCUUAUUGUAAAUCAGUAUUCUUAUCAUACAUUCCUGUGCAUAAAUCAAAUGAAAUAUUAACUUUUUUAUUGUAAAUGUAGAUUUUUGGUACUGAAUGCCUUAUGAAUUGUAAUUGAAUUGUUAAACAAGGAUCAAUGAUUGUUAAAUAAAAGUGAGAAUACUAUGCAAUUAGUUGUUUAACUAACAAGUUAUGUGAAGAAUCUAUUAAAUGCCUAAGCAAUAAAAAUAUGGUCAAAAAAUAUGUAUAAAUAUGCUAUGCCUUCGCUAUUUCGUUAUCACUUUAACAUAUUUGCAACUUUCUAUGUGUUGUAAUCUGUUUUGUUUGAAAUGUUUAUGAAACCAAGAAUGUAUAGAAAUAUUUUAAAUGGAUAAUAAAACAUUGAUAAAAUUAUUCA